AUGCAGGCAGCUUCCAAGAAGGCUAGAUUGGAGCCUAACACAAUGUCUAUUCGUGGUCCAAUCCCAAACGGGCCAAUGCACCCACGCCCAUUGGUUGCUUUGCUAGAUGGCCGAGAUUGUUCAAUUGAAAUGCCUAUAUUGAAAGAUGUUGCCACUGUGGCAUUCUGCGACGCUCAGUCCACACAAGAAAUUCACGAAAAGGUACUAAAUGAGGCUGUUGGAGCCCUCAUGUGGCACACCAUCACACUGACAAAGGAAGACCUUGACAAAUUUAAAAGUCUGAGGGUUAUCAUCAGAAUAGGCAGUGGUUAUGAUAACGUUGACGUGAAAGCAGCCGGCGAAAUGGGUAUUGCUGUAUGCAAUGUUCCUGGCUAUGGGGUGGAGGAAGUGGCUGACUCAGCACUUUGUCUCAUAUUAAAUCUAUACCGUCGUACUUACUGGCUUGCAAAUAUGGUACGCGAUGGAAAGAAGAUCAAUGGACCUGAACAACUGCGUGAUGCAGCUCAAGGAUCUGCAAGGAUUCGUGGAGACACACUUGGUAUAGUUGGUCUAGGUCGAGUUGGAACAGCAGUUGCAAUCAGAGCAAAAGUAUUUGGUUUCAAUGUCAUUUUCUAUGACCCAUAUCUAGCAGACGGUAUUGAGAAAUCUCUGGGCAUCACUCGGGUGUACACACUCCAGGAGCUCCUGUUCCAGAGUGACUGUGUAUCGCUGCACUGUAACCUCAACGAGCAUAAUCACCAUCUCAUUAAUGACUACACAAUCAAACAGAUGCGGCCAGGAGCUUUCCUUAUAAAUACAGCCCGUGGCGGUUUGGUAGAUGAACAUGCGCUUGCUGCAGCACUCAAGGAUGGCCGGAUACGGGCCGCAGCUCUGGAUGUACAAGAGAAUGAACCGAUUGUCCUAGCUAACAGUCCCCUGAAAGAUUGCCCUAAUCUAAUCUGCACUCCCCAUUCAGCAUUCUAUAGUGAACAGAGCGUUACUGAGCUACGUGAAAUGGCCGCCGGGGAAGUGCGUCGAGCCAUCUUAGGCCGCAUUCCUGAAAGUUUAAGAAACUGUGUCAAUAAGGAAUAUUUUACGCCCACCACUAGUACCGUGCGCUAUCCGUUUCCCCCAGCAGGCCCUUUUGCAGACAGCAUCAACGGCACCGCCGGGUAUGCGGGAUUUAACCCAGCAUUGGCAAUUCAUUCAACGACAGACCAUCCAGCAGUAUCUCAUGGGGGAGCCAUUUUGACCGCCUCUCACAUCAUCCCGGACUCGGGGAACCAUGUGUCCAAGCCAGAGAAUCCGAGUCCUGUCCACUAG